AAAAUCCUGUGGAACAGAGCACCAGACGUAGCAACUGAUUGCACGGUUCAUGAAGGCAGUCGGGAUGAUUUGUUACGCGUUGCUUUUCGCAGCAAUGGCUGCAUUUCCGACUGCCGUAUUUGGUGCAGCUGCCUCUGAUUGCGCAAGCUUCAGCCUUCCGAACAUUUUGGACAUCGGCGAGUGCCUAGGUGCAUCUGGGGACCUAUGCAGCGCCGACACUGAAGGCAUCGGAGUUUUUCUCGGCAAACUUCUAGAGUGCACUUUUCAAAGCCUUGGAACUCUCGAUCUGCGGUCACAGCUUUACUUGAUAAUUGAGUUUCUAAAGUAUCUCCUGGCAAGGAAUGACUUCGAUAUUUUGUUGCCAUUUCUGACUGGUGCCUGCAAAGGUAUUGGUGGUUUUCUUGGUCCCCUUACCGGUGGAAUCCUAACACUCUCCUGUAACGAGCUCUAUUUCGAUGAAAAUGCGGUGUGCGGUGAGCCCAUCCUGAUAAGCCUGCAGGCCACCGCCCCGUUUACAACGUGCCUGAAUACAACUGGCCUCACGUGCGCUGCGGACACACCGGUGGACGAACCGGCCGCAGUUGGAUUCUUGAGAGUUCUGGCUUGCCUCGUCGGCUACGUUCUCAACACCGCGCCAACAGAAAUCGUAGACAAGCUAGGUUGCGGCUUCGUUGGUUCAUUGCACUCCCUCCUGGGCAGCGGUGGUGUCUCCUCCCUCACGCCCUUGAUCUGCUCUGUGCAAGGAUUGCUACGCAUAGAGUGCUCUGUUAUAAGCUGUUAGAAGACAGCAUUCGAUUCUUUGAUUCGUUUGCAAAUUUGAAGCUGUAUAUGCACCAUCCAUAGCCAAGCAAAUCUGAGAGGAUCACGUGACGACUGCUGAAAUUCCUCGUUAUGCUGUAUUUUUUUCCUAUAUAAAUUUAGUCAAGUAAAUUAAUGCAACACUAGCAAGGCUUUUGUACGAAAUCACAUUUUACUGGCAAAGGACAUAAGAAGGCCUAUGUUCAAUUGCAUUCAAGAUUCUUAAGUCAACAUCCUCAGUAUACGUAUCAGCGAAAAAAACUUGUCAAAAUGCAUGAUUCUUCAGGUUCGCUCGCAUUCACAAAUCACAGAACAAUGAAUACCGUCACAACUGGUCCCUGUUAAAAAUCUUUACACUUACCAUAAACUUCUUGAGCUUCAGACAAUAUGCUUUUAUAUGUAACCUUAAAAAUGAAAAGCUUCUGUUAAGUGAUACUGUUUGCAAACGAAAUAACCAGGACAAUAAGUGAUAACGCGACUUCGUAAGUUGCAUCCCUUUCAUUCAAAUUAGCACGUAUGGAGAGCUUAGCAUUAAAAAAUGCUUUUUUUUUGUUUCAUUUCACCAGUUGUUGGUGCAAGCUACAACCAAUUUUUCAAUCUUUGCUUUAUGCCUGUGUUCGCCCGUUUUCAUUUACGUUAUAUCAUCAUCCAGAAGGAAGUGUAAAUAAAAUUACGCUGCUAAAGGUAUGCCUUAU